AAUUGGCCGCUGAUUGAUGACAAACCAAUCAGGGGCUUUCAUUAGACGGCACGACCCGGGAUCUCACAAUAAGAUGGUUUAUGCUAAUGAUGCCGACGUCACUUCCGCCCCUUUAUUUGCGCCAUUUUGGAUAGGGCAGUUUCCAGGCUGGAUGUGUAUUGUCUGUCAGGAGAGAAUGGGCAAAGUGGAUUCCGCUUCCAGGAAAUUAUAGGCAGAGUUUAGAGCAUUUAUUCACAGGAGCGGGCGAACCCGGUCGUUGCGCCCGCAGCGCUCCGGGGAAACGAGCCUCGGAAUUAUCUGAUGAAGCUCGCGCGCCCACCGUUCCUGUUUGCCGACCACAGGGAAGAAAACAGCCCUCGUUGGAGAGGGACAGUCGGGUUUGGGGGGUAGAGCGGCAGCGGGGGCUUGCUAUUCACCUCACGAACGAAGCACCUGAGCGGGCGAGAGCGGAGCAAGUGUCCCCACAUCGCGGUGGUCGGGCGUAGUUCGGUCAGCCGGGCGCUGCGGACGCGAAAGCAGGCAGAAUGUUCCAGCUCCCUGUCAAUAACCUCAGCAGUCUACGAAAAGCAAGAAAAAAUGUCAAAAAGGUCCUGGGAGACAUCGGCCUUGAGUUCUGCAAGGAUCACUUGGAGGACUUUAAAGACUUUACUCCUCCGGAGGUCUAUAUCAAACACACAAGCUGGGAAGAUGUGUGCAUGUGGGAACCAUCGCAUACCAAAGUCCAGGACUACAGAUCAAAGCCUUUCUGCUGCUCUGGCUGCCUCUUUUCAUCCAAGUACUUCUCGGCGUACAAGAGCCAUUUUCGCAAUGUUCACAGCGAGAACUUUGAGAACAACAUCCUGCUCAACUGUCCCUACUGCACGUUCAACGGGAAUAAAAAGACUCUGGAAACGCACAUUAAACUCUUCCACAUGCCCAACAACGCCGCGCGGCAGACCCCUGGUGGGAUGGUGGCAGGCACGGGUGGGGUCAUGAUGAAGGAUGGUCUGCUGAGGAGGACCGGAGACACUGUGGAGCAAGCGGUGUACUACUGUAAAAAGUGCACCUACAGAGACCCUUUGUACAAUGUGGUACGAAAGCACAUCUAUCGGGAACACUUUCAGCAAGUGGCUCACCCCUAUAUCGUGAGACCAGGAGAAAAAGCAGGUGCCCAGAAUGGGGGGACCCUGGGGGGUCCAGAGACCAACAAUGCUACCAGUAACCAGAUUCACUGCAAGAAGUGUCUGUUUGUUCCUCGGACCUAUGAAGCGCUGGUUCAGCACGUCAUCGAGGACCACGAGAGGAUUGGCUACCAAGUCACUGCGAUGAUUGGGCACACCAGUGUGAUAAUUCCACGACCCAAGCCCAUCGUUAUGUUCCCUCCCAAAAGCCAAGGAGACAAGACAAUCAUCGGGAUGGGCCCUAAAGGAGCGGUUAUGGCAUCCACAAGAUCUCCUGUCUCACUUCAGCAGGGUAGAUCUUCAAUUCCAUCAAAGAUGGGCUUCAGCUCGAGCAGCCUUCUGUCAGGAUUAAAACACGAUGCGAUGGGAUUAAAGGCCCGGAUGAGCCAGCCGUUCUGUUUGGGUAACCAAAACACUAAGGUCACUCUGCCGGGGAAUGCCCAGGUUUCAGUGCCCCAACAGUCUCAUGCAGCAAAGCAGCUCAUUCCUGGUGGAAGUCUGAGGAGCCCACUCGUGGCCGGUGCUUCUUCUUCACUCAAGUCCAACCCUCUUGGGUCACGGGUUCAAGCGGCAGCUACAACAGUAGCCUCAGUCACUGCCAAGAAAGGGGGCUCUUCUGUCCUGGGCACUUCCUACACCCAGAAGUGGAAAAUAUGUACUAUCUGCAACGAGCUUUUUCCAGAGAACGUGUACAGCUCUCAUUUUGAGAAGGAGCACAAGGCAGAAAAGGUUCCUGCUGUGGCAAAUUACAUUAUGAAGAUCCACAACUUUACCAGCAAGUGUCUGUACUGCAACCGCUAUCUACCCAGUGACACGCUGUUAAACCACAUGCUGAUUCAUGGCCUGUCUUGCCCUCAUUGUCGCGCCACCUUCAAUGAUGUUGAGAAGAUGGUAGCUCACAUGCGGCUGUCGCACCCAGAUGAGAAGGUGGGUCCUCGCACAGACUCUCCCCUAACCUUCGACCUUACUCUGCAGCAGGGAAACCCCAAAAAUGUGCAGCUGAUUGUCACAACGUACAACAUGAAGGAUGCUCCAGAAGAAUCGGUGGCGUUUCAUGCUCAGAACACCAUCUCGGCGUCAUCAGUGCUGUCUGCCUCUCUGAUGGCAAGCAAGAGGCUGAUGCCUCAGCAGCCUCCCAAAGCACUUUCAGGCCAUGCCGACCACUCAGGAGUCAAGAGUACCCCACAGACUUCAGUUCCAUAUAAGAGAGAUGUGGGAAAGACACUUUGUCCUCUUUGCUUUUCAAUCCUCAAGGGCCCAAUUUCAGACUCUUUAGCCCACCAUUUGAGAGAGAGGCACCAAGUUAUCCAAACAGUUCACCCCGUAGAAAAGAAGCUGACGUACAAGUGCAUUCAUUGUUUGGGUGUUUAUACAAGUAACAUGACUGCUUCAACUAUCACGCUUCACUUGGUGCACUGUCGAGGUGUCGGCAAGGCCCAGAACGGGCAGGACAGUCGGUCGGUUCAGUCAUCUCACAUCAGCCAGUCUCAAAGCAGCGGCGUCAAACGCGCUGCCUUCGACAGCUCUGAUGCCAGUGCACCCAAACGAAGAAGGCCAGGACCUCCUGGAGAAAGAGCCCAUCCCCGGGAUUGCAAUGGUCCUUCGGCAUUUGUAGAAGAUCCCGAUGAACCCAUAGUUCUGGCUCUUGACCCCAAAGGGCUUGAGAACCAGUCAUACGAAUCCAGGAAAGCCUUUCUGACAGAGUAUUUUAACAAGGCGCCAUAUCCAACACAACAGGAGGUGGAGAAACUGGCAUCCAAUCUUUGGCUUUGGAAGUCUGACGUCUCAAGCCACUUUGUCUCCAACAGGAGGAAGUGCGUGCAGGAAUGUGAAAGCCAGAAAGCAAAUGUGCUGCUGGGGUUCAGUAUGUACGAACUUAGCAAAGUCACUCAUGAGCUGGCAUUUGUCGGCGAAGGGGUUUAUGAGUGCAGGCAAGGCAAACGGCGGACAUCCAAGUCGCACAUGGGGGUGUCAGAGCAGGCUCUCAAGAGACACAAGGAGGCUGUAGCAGUCAAUGGAGUGACUCGACAGGACGGAAAACCAACUAGGAGUGUUCAAAGUACAAACGCAAAGCCAUUUGGUCCCAGUCUUGACUGUGCCAGCGAGGACCAAAACAAGACAAUCAGCAGCACCUUACCACAGAAAACUCCUUUAGAUCUUUCUGAGCCCAUUGCCAUCGACUCUGAUAGCGAAGAAGACCAGCGGGGGGAUAAGGGACUAGUGCAAGGGGUAGGUCUCUGUGGUAACCAGCAGCCACUGAUGGGUACCAAGACCAUUUCAGAUCUUGACGACAUGUCUGAUGAUGACGAUGAUGACGAUGAUGAAGAUGACGAUGAAUACGAUGACGACAAUGAAGAGUUACAUGUGGAGAAUGGUUUUGGAACCACACCGGGUUCAGAGAGACAGGCUCUUAAAGGAAGGGAUCCGCUGCCCAUCAUAAUCCCCAAGUUCGUCCCCUCAUCUGCAAGAAGCGGGAGAGACGGCGCUCAGCUGGGCAAGCAGCAAGUCUGACUGACGGAAGAACCAAAAAAUGAUUUUCAGUCGGACAUCCGUUCAAGAUGUGAAGCAGCGAGGAAGAGGAGACGACUCAACACAAGCCAUCUUACAGCGUCUGAAGGCAGGACUGAGCAGCUAGGAUUCAAAGAUUCACAAAGCGGUUGUGGUGUUUUCCAGAAGAGGGGCGAAGUACAAAAACUGAGGUCACACCAAACAAACGUAGAAAUUAUUUGCCUUCUCUGUUGUUUAUAUAACUUACAUGAGGAGUUUUUAGCAUUGAUUUUGCCACUGGGCUUUUCAAUGUGGCUAGAAAGUGAGUUGUUUUGAAGUAAAGGCUUUUAAGCUGAUGAGAGAAUCCAUCAUUUUCAUGUAGUACUUCUCAGACUUGUUCUGUAAAUUUGUACAGUCUUUUAGACUUCUUUGAAAAGAUGUUGCUGUAAAUGUAUGCCUAAAUAUUUGCUUUUACCUGUGUGUAUGGUAGCCUCAUCUGUUCUCCAUCCCAAUGCUUUACAAUAAGUGUGGCUUUGGUGGCUCGUGUUUUCUCAUCUUUUUCUUUGCAAAUUAAAGCUACACAUAAAUUAACUUUUUGUUUUUUAGAGUUAUUAGAACUUGUUUUAUGUUGACUUUUCCAUCAUCUCGGAUUGAAGGAAUGGGAAUUCCAAACAGCUCUUGUUGGAUAACAGAACAGUCUGCAGGUAUUGCUCAUUAGCUCAUUAGCUCUGUCCAAACUGUACUUGCUUUCUACUCUCCCACUUUUAACUUAAUGUGUCUUUGUCCCACGGGGCUGGACAGUAACGACCCUACCGGCAGCAAAGGUUAAAGAAUCUUUUUUUAUUUUGUUGCUGUUCUUUAAGCAAAGCUGGUUGUGUUCAGUGACGUGUAUUUGGUUCGUCUUCAUUUUUCACCCACACAUUUAUGAAAAAUAAAGUGCUGUCAUUGUGAUUCUCACUGAACCAGUGACCGUACAUUUACUGCA